UUCUCUGUCUCCCACACACACUCGUCCCUUCCCCUCACGCCUGUCUGGCGUCUUAUUGGUUAAAUUCCCAGCUAUAUAUUUAUCUGAUUGGUCAGGGCGGAGUAUAUAUACACACUGUGGGUUGGUUAAAUCUGGCCACAAGUUUCAAAACUUUCAAACAGGACAGACAGACGAGAGACAGUGAGUCAGACGGCCUGAGUGACGGAGGGGAAUCGAGCUUUGGACAAACCACCACACCACACACUCCAAACAAGAACUGUUGUCUUUUGAGAAAAAAAAAAAAAAAAGAGUGAAGAAAAGAAAGAGGCAGAGUCAUUGUGGAUCAUUUUCAGGGGGAAUAUCCUGCACCAGAAUUUGUUUGUUUUCUCUUUCUUUCUCCUCUUCCCUCUCCUCUCAGAUCUCGAUGUUUUUCUUUGGGAUUUGUGCUCCAAAUCCAUCAAAUUCCUCUCUUGAUCUUAAUCCUCUUUGUUUUGAGUUACAAUUUUUUUCCAGAACUUUGCAACCCAACAAACUGAGACAGACGUUUUCAGAAUCUCACUUGGACUAAAGACAAGGUUGAAUCCGAGUCCAGUUCUGGAAUGAAUUUAACUGAGCCCAGUCUUUUACAUCCCAGUCGGGUGUCCCUCAGGGGCCCCUGGGCAUCUGGGACCCCGAGUCCUGCUUCUGAUUCCGAAAUGGGUUUUGAGCAGAGCCUCUCUGGAGACUGCAGUUCUCCCGAUGGCCUUGGAACUGGAAACAUGAGGAGAGCAGAACCGAGGAUUUCUCUGACACCCAGUUCAGGGGGACAGAGUCCGGACCUGACCCAGGCAGGAGGCAUGGGCACAGCUGAUGGGAAGGCCGUGGGGGGCGAACAGAGGAUCCGCAGGCCCAUGAAUGCCUUCAUGGUCUGGGCUAAAGAUGAGAGGAAGCGACUGGCCCUGCAGAACCCCGACCUGCACAAUGCUGUUCUCAGCAAGAUGCUCGGUCAGUCAUGGAAGGCCCUGAAUGCUACAGAUAAGCGCCCAUUUGUGGAGGAGGCAGAACGUCUCCGUGUCCAGCACCUCCAGGAUCACCCAAACUACAAGUACCGGCCUCGCCGCAAAAAGACCACCAAAAAACUUAAGCGGGUUGAGCCGGGGCUCCUGCUUCACAGCUUAGCCCAGGGUGGGGCACCAGGCCUUGGGUUAGGGCCUGGCAUCAGCCCCUUGGGUGCAGAAAGCAUCUCUGGAGGCUCUGCCUAUGGACAUCCAGGCGGCCACCCUCCACACCACCACCACUCCCACCACCUGCUGCCAUCUCUGGGGCACUUCAGGGACCUCCAGGCCCCAGGACACCAAGAGCUAGAGAGCUAUGGCCUGCCAACUCCAGAGAUGUCCCCCUUGGAUGUUCUGGACGAUGGAGCUGGAGAGUCUGUGUUCUUCCCCCAACAUAUGCAAGAGGAGGCAGGGAUGGGAGGUUGGAGUGGGUACCACCACCACCUUCACCAUCAUAACCCGCAUUACAGCCAUCACUACAACAACCACAGUCACCAUAACUCCAUGCAUGCUGCAGCAACACACAGUCAGGGUUCAGGAAUGAGUGUUGGAGCCAGUAUAAGCUCUGGCAUGACUUCCAGUUUAAGUCCAGGUAGAAGUUCCAGAAUUGAUUCUAGAAUGACUUCAGUUGAGUCAAAUAUGACCUCGAGUAUGAGCUCUGUCACCUCAGUGUUGGCGAGUUCAGUCAACUCCAGGUUAAAUCCUACUCAUGCUGCCAGUCACCACAUUGCCUUGAGGAAUCCUGUCAAGUGCCCACCUCCUCUCCCUGACUCCUCCUCUUCUGUUUCCUACCACCAGUCCUCCAUCAGCCUCCCAGAGACGAUAAAAUCCCAUCAAACUCCCCUGAGCACUGUUCCUGUCAGCUACUUCACCCAAAUGUAUGGGAGCAGUGCCCCAAAUGCUACCCAUUUCACUCCUUCUCACCUGGGGCAGCUUUCACCUCCUCCUGAAACAUCUCCUUCUGCUUGCUCAUCCUCCUCCAUCCCCCCAUCAUUCCUCCCCCCUGUGCACUUAGACCCUUCAAAUCCAGAGUCCUCCGGCCAUUUGGGGUCUUCUUCCUCUGUUGAGUUUUGGUCCGAGGUGGACAGGCAUGAAUUUGACCAGUAUGUAAAUGUUGGAAGGAAUCGAGAGGAGCCCUAUGGACUUGGUGGAGGUUGUGGGGGUGGGUCCAAAGUCCUGGUUGGGCGCAGUAGCAAUAGUGUUGGCAGUAGCAUUAAUAGCAGUGCUAGCAGUAUCAUUAACAGGGAUGUCAGUAGCAUUAUGAGUGGUGCUGGUGGGUGUGAUGAAGGAAUCAGCCCUCUUAUAUCUGCUCUUUCUGAUGCCAGCAGUGCUGUCUAUUACAGUGCCUGUAUCACUGGAUAAAUUCUCCAUGAACUCAUCUCUUAUAUGUACCUCCUUGUAUACUACAUAGUAUACAAGGUUUGGUUUCAUUUGAACCAUUGUUAUAUGAUAGGGAAGAAGUAUGUCGGGAGGAUUAGUUUUGGCUCAUAAUUUCAGUCAAGUCAUGGUCAUGUCUUGCUUAUCCCUCAUAGAUUCCCACUCUAAUUUAAAAAGUUUUUUAAAAAAUACUAAAAAGAAAUGAGCAGCUGGGUAAAACCAAAACCCACAGUUUUUGGAAAAUGUGCUAACUGGAAAAAACAUAACUGGAAAAGAAGGCACUUUUGUCAAAUAAAAAUAAAAAUAUAAAAGCUAAUUACUUAUUUUUUACAUUCAUUAAUGCAUUCCUAAACAUGAUCUUGAGCAGUGUGCCAGCUAGCUAACCAGCUUUCCAUGAUAGUUAUGUGCUAGUGUUGGUAGUUUAGACUUCAAGUAUGGUCAACAUGUUAUCAAUGUUUGCAUAGAUAACUUAUGGCCUAAUCACAGGGUUGGUUGUAGGACUUGUGGCUCUUGGCACCUUUGUAGGCAGAAGCUCUAGCAGCAGUGUUUGCUUUGGCAGUGUUUGCAAUCACCUACAAUUAAUCACUUAGCUAGCACAGUAGAUGAUGAUGGCUUUAGCUAACUAAAGGAGAAAAAAGUCACCAUUUAUGUUGCAUCACUCCAACCUUGAUGCUCUUUAUCAAGAUAUUGUCUACUGAUCCAAAUG